ACUCCCCACCCACUGUACUCUUAGAUUUGGCUGAAAAGGUAGUUUCAUCUGCUAAUUUUUAGUGUAAGUUUUGCAUUUCGGUCUCUCCUGAGAGGAAAACGAGAAAAAUCCUCGGAAAAUAAUACCCCACAGUAUCGGUUUGAAAGGUUUGUUAAGUAUGAAGGACGAGGCAGCCGAACGAAAUAAUAUCUCAAUUCUCGUUACGUAACCGUAGUCAAGCAGGUUUUCUAAAAUCAGUUUUGUUCAAGAAAACCCUCUUAACUAUAAAGAUAGACAACGAGGAGCUCCCCUUCGUAGUGUUAUCCACCGUGUGAGUCAACAGAACGUACAGGUAGGUUAUCCCGGACAGCCGCAUGAAUGAAAACGGUCGACCUGUCAUAUGAAGCUUACAUAAUGUACUAACUUACCUCCAAAACUAGUUCCCAGUGUCUUUCGGUUACUCGAUGGAAACGAAGGAAUGAGGACAGAAAUGAUAUGUUUAUUGUUUUGACUUUUAUUGGUGAAAUUCAGCGGCGUAUACUCUUUUCAGCUGAUACACGUAAGAUCGUAAGUAUUUUGAAAGGAAUAGAAGUGUACGAAUAAGAGGAAGACAUGGAUGGUCCUCAGGAUGGUGCGAACGCUUCUGACAGUUCAGAGGACAGUCAACAGAAGACUGCCAAGAUUGUGUCACAUAUGGCUUUAGCACACGAAUUGCUAAUGGAUGGUUCGUUCAAAAUUCAGACGGAACUUCCUCAAAACUCACUGGAAAAACAAGUCAGGGAUGUUGUUCACAAGGCAUUUUGGGAUAAACUUCGGGAAGAACUCAAUCAGAAGCCCCCUGUCUUCAAUCAAGCAUUAUCUCUAUUACAAGAACUUAAGGAGAACAUGCUUUCAUUGCUUCUUCCAUAUCAAAAUUCACUCAGAACACACAUCAAUGAAAUGUUGGACCUAGAUCUUAUAAAGCAACAGGCUGAUCAUGGCAUUCUGGACAUCUCCAAACUUGCACAGUCUAUUGUUGGUUUCCUCAGCAAAAUGUGUGCUCCAGCAAGAGAUGAACAGGCCAAAAAGAUCUUACUCAAUGAAGAUAUUGUGGAUCUGUUCAGGGAGGUGUUUAGCUUGAUAGAUGCAAUGAAGGUUGAUAUGGCCAACUUUCAGCUACAGACGAUCAAACCUCAUCUUAUGCAGCAGUCAGUAGAGUACGAACGGAAAAAGUUUAAAGAUUAUCUUCAAUCCAAUCCAGGUGGUCUUAUGUCAACUAAAGUUUGGCUCAAACGAGGGGCACAAGUAGCCACAGGAGUUGGUGUCAGGGCUGCUGCACAAGUCUCUGCAGAAGCAGUUGACACCACAGACUUUACACUGCAGAAACUACAAGAUGCUGAUUUGAUUGAUGUGUUAGUGCAUGGAUAUUUAGGAAUAAUCUUUGGGGAGGCAGGCUGGCCAUUUCCAGAGACCUUGAUUAUGGAUGAAUUCCGAUUGGCUGAGAUGAGGUGGAGUGUUCGUCGAACCACUCUUAUUGCAGCUGUGCUACUGGUGACCCUGAACACUAUAGGUCAGCAGUUAGCUUCAGAUGCGGCAUAUUUGGCCACCCUUAAGGAAGUGCUGUACAUUCUCUUGGAUGGAGUACCUGAAGGUGAUUUCCCUUCUGCUCUCCCUGGAGUGUAUGAACAGACCGUACGUGAAACUGAAAAGCUACUACAAGAAAGGGGACUGAAGCAACUCUCUUCACAACAAAAGGACCUGCUGAAAGGACAAACAGAAGGAAUCACAUCAGCAGACCACACAGUGUUUCAUUUGAUCUCCACUCGUGCAUACGACUUCAUGUUCAACAGCAUAAAGAGACGAUUUCUUCAAAAGGGAAGCAGAGAGGGUGGCCAAUCCACCCACCCAGUUAUCCCUCAGGGUUUAACAAGUGUGAACACUGAACUAUCUGAGAUUACCGGCAGGUUUUCUCGUGUAGUUGGACACAACUUGGCUGUCUUUGCUCCAUUUUAUGAGGAUCUUCUAACUGAGAUAAAAGGCUCUUGACAGUGAGUUAUGAUAGUCACGUGGCAUCUUCAGAUAUACUUAAUUGAAAUAAAGUUGUCAUAGAAGAAGCAAAAAGGAAAAAAUGAAAAAAAGAAAAAAAAGCCAUAUGAGUUAUUUUGUAAAAUCUAAUAUAAAAUUAGUCCAGGUUAUCUUAUAUAUCAUAUAAUUAUCAACUGUUCGUAAAAAAAGAAUUGGAUUAGAGACGUGGGAAAAUGAAUUUGAAUCAAUUCAAAUCAGUUUUUAAAGCAUGCGUUGCACAUCUGUUGAGAUGAAUUUCCUCAUUGACUCUUUCAUGUUUGCUUUUUGCAAUUUUCUUUGACUACUUAUUACAAAGGAUUUCUUGAGCAUUUCCUUGGCGCUUUACUCAGCCUUUUGUGUUAAGGAAAAAAAAAUCUUGAACAUAAUUACAUUAUCCAAGCUACGUGCUUGUUAAAUGAAUGAUUCACUGUGCUCACACGAGUUUUUUGAUGUGUCUUAAAAGGUGCGCCUUUUUCUCGAGUGUCUUUGUAAGGAUGAUUUUAUCUUUCCUUUAGAUUCGAUUUUCUGCAGCGUAUGUUACGUUUGUACGUUUGUAAGAAUAUCAGCGGAGAGAAAUGACACUCACCACUGGAAGUAGUUUACAAAGUUUUAGAUAAUUUUAACGAUUUCGAAGUCUCAUGUGAUAGUGAUAUAAAGAAUGACAGACUAAAUAAAAAGUGUGUGAAGAGGUUACACGUUCA